AUGGGAUUCUUUCUGAAGAGGUGUACAUGGAACAACCCCCUGGGUUUCAAGACCCAACUCGUCGUGAUUAUGUUUGCAAGUUGCAUCGUUCUCUAUAUGGUCUCAAGCAGGCUCCGAGAGCCUGAUUUCAACGACUCUCACAGAAAUGCAUCUUCUACUAUCAGUGCAAUCUUAGAGACAUUAUCUGCAGAGUUUUCUAUUAAGGAUCUCGGCCUGCUCCACUUCUUCCUUGGGAUAGAGGCUGUCCCUCACUCUAACGGGUUGCUUCUCUAUCAAGGACGUUAUAUUGAUGAUCUUCUUCAUAGGGCUGGGAUGUCUGAGUGCAAGCCUGUCCAAACUCCUAUGGCCACGACUACAAAACCAUCUGAGAAAGGGGGUGGUCUGAUGUCUAAUCCUACUUUGUAUCGGUCUAUAGUUGGUGCCUUGCAAUAUGUGACAUUGACAAGACCAAAUCUCUCCUUCGCCGUUAAUAAAAUUUGUCAAUUCAUGCAUGCACCUACUGAAGACCACUGGCAAAUGGUGAAACGCAUAUUGCACUAUCUCAAACAUACAAGGUCAUUUGGUUUGCUUCUUUCCCGAUCCAAUGAUAAUCGCUUGCAAGCUUUUUCUGAUCCGGAUUGGGCUGGUAGCUCUGACGACAGGAAGUCAACUGGAGGGUAUGCUAUUUUUCUUGGUCCUAAUUUGAUCUCUUGGAGCUCCAGAAAACAACGAACCGUAGCGCGCUCUUCCACAGAGUCUGAGUAUAAAGCUCUUGCCGAUGCUGCAGCUUAA